AUGGGAUUACUUAUACCUCACUAUUCAGAUCUUCAUCAUUAUCAUCAUCUUAGUAAUAAUCUCGACUUCAAUAACAACUUAAUGUAUAAUAGUAAAUAUAAUAUUAGUCCCACCAAUACAAGUACUUGUUAUGAUGAUGAUUAUAUAAAUGAAUCAUCAUUCAUUUGCAGUUGUUGUUCUAAUCCUGUGGUUAAUUCAAAUACAAACGCUAUAACAAAUGUAAACACUGAUUAUAAUAUUUCAACUUUAAAUCAGCAAUUAUUAAUAAAUAAUCUUUUAUGCAAUUCAUGUCAUAGUAUCAUAGGAUACAAGAUUAUAAACUUCACCUUGGAUCAAUCAGAUCUCCCAUUAGGAUCUGACCAUAGUAACUUCACUCCAUUAUCAUCAUCAUCUUCGUCUUCAAAUACAUCCACAUCAUCUUCCGAAUCGACUCCAUCCGAGGAUGAUGGUUUAGCAAAGUUUAAAAAUCAUCUAUUAAAUAUAGAAAAUGAAGUGAAUUCCAAAGUGGAAAGAAUCGACUAUUUGAACUUUAUAGAAACUAAUCAACAAUUAAUAGGACAAACAUUUUUGUAUAUAUCCCAAGUUACCAGUGUUCGUUAA